AUCACUAAAAAUUAGAUUUUAUGCAAAAAGGUCAAAAGAGGGCGCUAUCCAAAUCUACCGGUGGGAGCGGCAACUUUGAGCGUGCACGUCGUCUGCCAUUCGGACCACGUGAAAAAAAGUGUAAUUAAUUAAUUUUGCAAUUUGACUGGACAUUUCACGAAAUAUGGACGGAAGUAGUGAAAGCGAAACUGUGGUUGACGAGUCUGUGGAACUGUGCGACUCACCGUCUGUCCUGACCGGACUAUUCCAAAUCCGCCGUGCAUCAUCACAAACUCAGCCAAAUGUGGAGCCAGUUUGUCAAGUGCUCGAACACAAAAGUGGAGGAUUGUCAACCUCGCCUGACUUCUCUUUCAAAUUCAAUGAAGACAAAUCUUCUGAAGCACCGAGUCAGAAAGAUGGUGCUUCAGUUGACAAUUCAUCUCAGCAAAGUGAAAAGUCCCAGUCCAUUUUCACACAAAGGAUACCAGUCAAGCGUAAGUCCCCCAUUGUCACACUGUGCUCCCCUGUGUUUGCUCGAGCUCCCUCGUUAAAGUUACCAAGGAUAAUCGAUGACACAUCCAGCAGCACAGACACACAUCUCAGUGAGAGUCCUAGCUUUCAAGGUGAUCAUGAUCAAGUUGCAUAUGAGUCACCAUCUCGUGGACUCCUUCCAAAUCAACAGUCCAGCAUCACCACCUUCCCAUCUGAGCAAGAAAUCACUCCAGAGCCUAAACAUCUUCAUCUUGCUGAGUUGAAGCAAAGUCAGGCCACACCUUUACAUCUCUCACCAGCCACACAUGAGAGUCCAAAUCUAAAUCAAGAAACUCAUCAACUGGAAGUUCUUGAAUCUGCUCCUAGACAGAACAGCAGCAGCCUUAAAGAAGCUACUUAUCCUUCUGUUCCAACCUCAAGUCAAAGACAGUUAGCACCAACACCCAUGACCACUGGUACCACUUUCAACAGUUCUUUGCCAGACCCAACCUAUCAUAGUUCUGAAUUUAAAACUGUGUCCAGUAAUUCAAGUUCUGGACUUGGUUCAGCUACUCUGCCAUAUUGUGAGGAGAAUCGUGAGGUUGGAGCCUCACAGAGAAGUGACGAUGAUGCUUCUCUCGUUGAGAUGGAGAGGAUGCAACAAAAGAUAAGAGAAAAGAUGAGCAGCAAAGAUGAAGAUGUAAAAUAUGCUGACAAAAUCAGGAGGAGUCUUCAAGACAUGCAGGCCAGACUUCGUCACCUGAGUUCAAAACAACGGGAACAUCGCCAACAACUCGGCAUCCAGCUCAAGCAGCAAGCUGCAACACCUGGCAGUCAACAGCAGCAGCAAGAGGCAAGAAUGCAGCUGCAGAACAUGACAAGAAGACAGCAGCAACUGCUGAAGCUGCUGCAGUCACACAAGGAGCUCGCUGCUUCUCUCCAACAGAUGCAAGGCACAGAACACCCUCCCCUGGCACAAAGUAUAUCUUCUGGAAAGUCUAACACAACCAAAAAUAGCAACCUUCAAGAAGGCAAGCCAGCUAGAAUCGCACAGACAUAUUCAGGUGAUGAUCCAUCAAAGAAGUCUUCUCUUCCUGGUCAAGAAGCCAUACUGAUGCAAAAAGAGAAAGAAGUGAUGUCGCCAAGUUCCAACCUACUAUCUACUCAAGUUUCCAAGACCCAGACUCUAAGCAAACCAACUCCUGAGAUCACCUCUACCAGGACAUUCAAGCCACCAUUCAAAGCCCAUCCUACCAAAAGACCUCAUCAACUGAAAUCUCCAAGUUCUGUCUUGGCAGACAGUUCCUCAAACUCUACGCCAAAACCAGGAAAAGAUGAGGUAAAGUCAACCUCUGCUUCCGUUCCAGACAAAAGCAUGUCCAUUCCUAACUCUCUUGUCAGAGAUACAUCAGUUUUUAUCACAAACGACAACAGGAGAAGCCCUUCCAAGAGUCCUCCAUAUUCACCACUUUCAGGCAUGAGCAACGAUGAAUAUCUUUCAGAAACAACAGGUUUACUUGUGAAAGAAGGCACUAGUGAUGGCCCAAGAGGCAAGAACCAGAAUGAGCAACCUUCUCAAAGAGAAGCUUCUCUCCGAACAGAAGGCUUCUCAAUUGACAGCCUAGAGCAGGAUGCUACAACGACCACAUUAGAUCUUGCUGCAGUGUUACACAACAACCUUCCAGACAAAAGAAGAGCCACAACAAUGACUUCCAAUGUCUCAGCAAUAAACCAACCCCCUGUCCCUCUUUCCUCGGAUCCAGUUUCUAAAAUACCUCGAGGAGCAACACCAGCAAGUUCUCUCCAAACAGAUAGCAUCUCCGUUGACUGCAUGGCCCAGCAGAGUGCAACAAGCCAAAGAACUGAAACAGCAUCAGCUCAUCCUGAAAAGUUUCUGUGCUCUGCCAAUCUUCCAGCACAAACUAAAAGCAUCAAAGAAACAACUCCCCUUGUCUCACCAACCAAAGCACCUCUCGCUAUUUCCUCAAAUCCAGUUUCUGAAUUUCCUCAAACCACAGAGACGAUUCCAGAUAAUACCCAAACACUUGUGAACCAACUGACUUCAAUACAAAACAAGGAUCUCAAUUCAUGUCGGGGCACAGAUACUUCAGGAUCCACCUCAGCUUCAAGUCAGCCAAGAAAAGUUGUCGUUUAUAAAAUCAACGCCAGUAGCCUGAAUGACCCUGGAACAAUGUUUUCAUCAAAGAGCACCUUGGAUACGGUAGUAAGCAGUGUGUCAACGGCAGCGACAGUUCCUACAACGUUUCAUGUUGAAAAUGUGGGAAGCACCACAUUGCUUAGGAGUAACUCCAUUCCUACUAAGAAUCAAAGACAACAACGUCAAGAUCAAAGUUUGUCUUCAUCAAACAACAGUUCAGCUUUGACACAAUCCCAGACACCAGCAACAAGCAGUUUUAGCAUUCCUUCAAGUACCUGUAGUGUCUCUGUUCCUAGAGCAAUUGUGUCUACAACUUUGUUCACCACAUCUCCACACUCCAAAAUAUCAACAAAAACUGGAAGAGAAACUAUUAACAACACUGGAACCAAAUCACAGACAUCUAGCAACCUCCAAGGAACACCUGAAACACAUAAGAAAGCUGCAAGUAGCAAAGCAAAAACAACUGUAGGAGAUUUAUCGAGCCAGAACCAGAGACCAUCGAGUCAUCACAACCCCAAAUCCUUCAGUGAUGAAGACGACAUUCCCUCCUUGCAGAAUUUACUUCAAAAGGGACUCAUCAACUCAGGAGAAAAUGUUCUGUCCAUAAAAUUAAAAAGGGGAACAGUGAAUGGCUCACUAAACUCUGAUGGAACAGUCUGCCCAACCACUCCAUUGAAGAACGCUACUUCUGGAUCGAUAUCCUUGUGUCAUAUGGUGUCACUGGUGAAACGCAAAUCACUCAAUUGGAUCCAACAAAACCCAAGCAUUUGGAAGUCUGUCCUCUACAAAGGCAAACCGCUGGACAAAGUGCACACUGAUUACAAAGCUCUAAUUGCAAGAGACCUUCAGUUGCAAAGUCAAGCAAAUGCUGGAAAAAAAGCAACGCAGGCAAAAGCCGCCACAACCAAGACCAACACCCUGUCAAGUAUCCAAGAAUCACCUCCUUCAAGAAGCAACUCUGGCUCCGCCCACCCCACUCCACCAAGUCAGCGACACGCCCCUGCCUCAACGAGUCAAGAUCUUUCCACAGGAACCUCAUCCAGGGGUACUGCUAUUACAUCAAGGGGUCAUGACCUUGUGACCCUAGGUCACCGUAUCACAACAUCAACAGCUCAAGAUGUCAACUCUUCGGUCAACGUAGGACUCGUGUCGUCGAUGAAAAAGAUUCUCCUCAUCUCAGAUGAUGAGCUGGUGCCAGCAUCUUGGGGCAUCUCAUCAAAUUUCCGGAGUACAGACUUCCAGAAUGCUGCUAUAGCUCCAGAGUGGAUUGAUGAGAUGGAUGUUUGGCCUUGAGUUGGUGACAGAGGGCCAGGAAGGGUAAUAUUGGGAAAUAAAAUGGAGUAAAAAAUAGAUUGGGAUUUUUUUUUUUUUUUGAAUAAUAACGCCACUCAAAAUCCAAAGAAAGUAUGCUCAAAACCUAAC